GUUUUUCCUUCCCCUAAGCAGGGAAUUUGUUUUGCAGAGGGAGAGGUUUGGGCUCUGAAAAGUUUAUGCUCCUUCUCUUUCUUCCUUGUUUUUUCUUGUUUUUUAUUGUAAUGAUGACAUAUGGAAACUAUUUACACAGGAGCAUGCUCGGCUGCACUGAAUGGAAAUGCCGGAGUCCCGGCAGUCUCGUUCUGGAUGCCUUGUGUAAGCAGCCAGCUGGUUUUGCUUUUCCUUUUAUUUUUAUUUUUUUUUUCUUUCCCCCCUCUUUUCUUUUUUUUCCCCUCCCUCCCUGCCUCUCUCUCUUUUCAGGGACCGACUGGGCUAAGUUACACAAGUGUAAGGAAGGAAGCUUUGCCAUCUGUGACCCGCUCAUUUCUCUUCUUUUGGCGCGCCCCUUGCGCCGCGAACUUCACAAAAUAUCUGUUUUCUUUUUUGGUGCUGGAGAUCCCUCGCAGUGCCUGCUCAGCACUUCGACUCCUCUCCCGUUAGCUCAUCGUGAGCAAGCCGUGCUAAAUGCCAAAACACGAGCGCGCAGCACACGAAUCCCCGCUUCGCCAGCACGCUUGUGCCUGGCAGCUCCUCGUCCUGCAGCCGAACCUCCCAAAAUCUCACCCUCGGAAAGAGCCAGGGAAGGGAUCUCACUGAGCUCUGAGCCACCUUCCUCAGAGGGGAGGGGAGAAGCGCUCAGCUCUGCAGGCAGCAGAGCAGAAUCUCCUGUGCCGAGCUUUCCCCUGAGGAAGCGGCGAAACCGAGGAGCAGCUUUGGGAAGGGAGGGAGGAACUUCGGGCUGCCAUGCAGUGGAGAGAGCUGCCUGCCAUCUACUUCGAGGAUCCCGGGAGCCCCGUGGAGAGGUCCUCCUAUCUCAUUGAGCUCCAUACUGAUGAUGGAGGCAGCUAUGACGUUGUCAGCGAUGCCUCCAGCCCCGCGGCCAGGGAGUGCUGCGCCCAGCAGAGCUCUGCCCGCCACCACUGGGAGAUGAACUACCAAGAGGCAGCCAUCUACCUCCAGGAAGGAGAAAAUAAUGACAAGUUCUUCACUCACCCCAAAAAUGCCAAAGCACUCGCUGCCUACCUCUUUGCACACAACCACCUUUUCUACCUGAUGGAGCUGAGCACGGCCCUGCUGCUGCUGCUGCUGUCCCUCUGCGAGGCUCCAGCGGUCCCCAUGCUCCGCCUGGGCAUCUUCGUCCACGCAACCCUGGAGCUGUUUGCGUUAAUCGUGGUCGUCUUUGAGCUCUCCAUGAAGAUGAGGUGGCUGGGCUUCCAAACCUUUAUCAGGCACAAAAGGACUAUGGUCAAGACGUGUGUGCUGUUGGUGCAGUUCAUCGAGGCCAUCGUGGUGCUGGUGCGCCAGACCUCGCACGUGCGCAUCACCCGCGCCCUGCGCUGCAUCUUCCUGGUGGACUGCCGCUACUGUGGGGCUGUCAGGAGAAAUCUGCGACAGAUCUUCCAGUCCCUCCCACCAUUUAUUGACAUCCUUCUCCUCCUGCUUUUCUUCAUGGUGAUUUUUGCUAUUCUGGGUUUUUACUUGUUUUCUCCUAACCACUCGGAUCCAUACUUCAAUACCUUAGAGAACAGCCUGGUGAAUCUUUUUGUGCUUUUGACCACUUCAAAUUUCCCUGAUGUGAUGAUGCCGUCCUACGCCCGCAACCCCUGGUCCUGUGUCUUCUUCAUCGUGUACCUCUCCAUUGAGCUCUACUUCAUCAUGAACUUGCUCCUGGCUGUUGUGUUUGACACUUUCAAUGACAUUGAGAAGAGGAAGUUCAAGUCCCUGCUGCUGCACAAGCGCACGGCCAUCCAGCACGCGUACCGGCUGCUGGUCACCAAGCAGAGGCCGUCUGGAAUUUCCUUCAAGCACUUCGAAGGACUGCUGCGGUUCUACAAGCCUCGGAUGUGUGCCAGGGAGAGAUAUCUCACCUUCAAAGCACUGAAUCAGAGCAAUACCCCUUUAGUCAGUCUAAAGGAUUUUUACAAUUUCUAUGAAGUUGUUGGCUUAAAAUGGAAGGCCAAGCGGAGCCGCGAGCACUGGUUUGAUGACCUGCCACGGACUGCCUUCCUUAUUUUCAAAGGCAUCAACAUCCUGGUGAAGUCCCGUGUGUUCCAGUACACUAUGUACACUGUGGUGGCUGUGAAUGGGAUUUGGAUUCUUGUUGAAACCUUCAUGCUGCAAGGAGGGAAUUUCUUCUCCAGGAAUGUCCCAUGGAGCUAUGUAGUCUUCCUCACAAUCUAUGGUGUGGAGCUGCUCCUGAAGACCACUGGGCUGGGGCCUGUGGAGUACCUGUCCUCAGGCUGGAAUCUCUUUGACUUCUCAGUCACCCUGUUUGCAUUUUUGGGGCUCAUGGCACUGGCAUUCAACAUGGAGCCCUUUUACUUCAUCGUGGUCCUGCGACCCCUGCAGCUGCUGAGGCUCUUCAAACUGAAGAAACGCUACAGGAACGUCCUGGACACGAUGUUUGAGCUGUUCCCUCGUAUGGCCAGCCUGGGUUUAACCCUGCUGAUCUUCUACUAUUGCUUUGCCAUUGUUGGCAUGGAGUUCUUCGCUGGCGUGGUCUACCCGAACUGCUGCAAUACAAGCACAGUUGCAGAUUCCUACCGCUGGGUGAACCACACAGUUGGCAACAAAACAGUUGUGGAAGAAGGUUAUUACUAUCUCAACAACUUUGACAACAUUCUGAACAGCUUUGUGACACUGUUUGAGCUGACGGUGGUCAAUGACUGGUACAUCAUCAUGGAAGGGGUGACUUCCCAAACCACUCACUGGAGCCGUCUGUACUUCAUGAUCUUCUACAUUGUGACCAUGGUGGUGAUGACAAUCAUCGUGGCUUUCAUCCUGGACGCUUUUGUCUUCCGCAUGAACUACACUCGGAAGAACCAGGAUUCAGAAGAAGAUAAUGGCAUUGUGCUGGAGAAGGAGAUCUCCAAGGAGGAGGUGAUUGGCAUAAUUGAGCUGUACAAGAGGACUUCAGCUGCCACUGAAACAGCUCAGCUGCAGAAGAUCGUGUUGCAGAUGGACAAAUAUGGGCAAAUGUCCACGGUGUUUCUGGGACGCAGGUCAAGGACCAAGAGUGACCUGAGUAUGAAGAUGUACGAGGAGGAGAUACAGGAAUGGUAUGAAGAGCACUCCAGGAAGGAGGAAUCUCAGACACCACUGCAAGAGCCUGCAUCUGCUUCCAGCAGCUCUCUGAAGCCCCUGAGCCUCCGGCAGCGCUCCCAGACUGUCAUUUAGGCCCAGCUAACGCGAGCCACCUUCUAUGCAAUAACCCAGAGUGUUCCUCCCCAGCCUGUAUUUUGGGAGGGUGUAUAUAGAUCUGUCGGUGUACCAGUGUAGGGAUCAAAUCUUGCCCCCAGCAGUGGUUGCUGAGAAGCCAGAGGCCCAGGGGGCUCAGGGGAAGGCUGCUGCACACAGACUGAGCGUGAUGCCCGUGCUCAAUCUGGGCAGAACAGAGCCCUUGUCCCUCUGAGCCCCUUCCCAGGCUCCAGCUGCUGCUGCUUGUCUUACCACUAACAGACCUUGGGGAAAGGGAUGUGUAAUCCAUUAACAACAGGGAGUUGGCUGAAGUCACCUGCUUAACUUCAGCCCUUUUGGAAGAUCCCUGUUGCUCAAAGGGUACCAUUAACCUAGGGACAAAGGAGCAGGGAGUGGGGUUUUUGUUUCUGCUCCACCUUCCUUGCGCAAAGAAAGGGCAGGUGGUGUGGAAUCUCAGCACUUUUGGAAGGGCAGCCUGCCCUCCCCCUCCUUUUUGGCACACCUAGAUGCACUCCCUGUAGCAGCUCCAGCUCUGAUUACUGAAUUUUGCUGUCCCCGAGUAGAUCCGAGGCAGAAGUGAGGGCCAGCACCUCAUCAUGCUAUGACCAGAGGUGGGGCAGGCUUUGGAGACCCUGUCUCUGCUGUAUCUGCAUCUCUGCUGGUCAGCCCUGCCCGUGGCACUGCCUGGGCUUGGAGUCACCCCUGCAAACCCCAGAGCUCCUGUCCCUGUUCAGAGAGGGGGAUUCUGCAGGCUGACGUGGCUGUUGGGCUCUGCCACUUGGCCACCUGCUCUGUGAAACCUCUCUGGCUGCUCCUUAGCUGGGAUAAAUGACUGGGAAGAGGAGUGGAAGGUUUUGCAGCUCCAAGUCUGGCUUUUUUCUGCCUGGCUCUGGGUUAAAGAGAGCUCCUGGGUAUCACACAGUCCUGCUGGUCAGUCCUCAUUCCAGCUGAGCAAGUCCCAGCACAGAGUGGGGCUCCUCCCUUGCAGGAAUGUUUCUCAGGCUGGAAAAGGUCAGCUCAGUCAGGUGUUGGGAAGAUCCACUGAAGAAUUCCACUGUUCCCCUGGAUUUUGGAUGCGGGAGGAACGUGGAAGACAAGGAUUCUUCUCACCUGUCUGCUUUUCUGCACCUGAGAGCUGAGGAAUGAGGAGGAAGUGGGACAAGGGUUCCCUUCCCAGCUCUGCCACGUCCGUGGGAUUGUGGCAGUUGUGAUCCUUUGAACCUGUCUCUCCAAGUCUCUCUUUUCCCUGUCAGCACUGGAAGUUCUGAGGGCUGGAAGUCCCUGGCAGCUGGGAGGUGCCCUCACCUUUGCUGUUUGAUUUUUCCUCAGGUUCUGACUAAGAGUGGAGCUUCCUGAGCACCUAUUUUCCAGGUGCACCAGGCAGUGGGAGAUCUGUGUCCCCAUCCCCUUUGUCCCACAUGCCUGGCUUUCCUUGGUGGCCUCACCUCGUGGCACAAGGACAGCAGGAGAGGGCUGAUCCUACCCGGGCAGCUCAGGAGCAUUUCCUGCGUGGGUGAGACUUCCAGAGGGAAGCAAGCCAGAGCUCCUUCUGGAAAUCUCUCCCUGCAUGGCACGGUGGGAGCACUUGGAAGGAGUGGGAGAGCAGCACACACACACCAGUGGCUGCUCCAACCCUUGCCAGACUCCCUGGGUGCCUCACGGCAACUCUUUGUUUUCUUUCUGGAUACUUGCAGGUAUGAAACUACUUCUGAGCUGACCCAUGAAGGACCUUAAAGGGCUGUUUUCCAAACCAUAAAUUCAACCACAAAUUAAGGAGCAGUGCACUUGUUGCUCUUGCAGUUGCUCUGCGUGCAGUUGCAGCCCGGGAGGUUUAUCCAGCUUAGUCCUGGCCUGCAGGAGAUGGUCUUGAUUGUGCUUUAAGUUGUGGGCAGAAUGAAUGAGCAUUAUGAAGGUUACUGGGGAAAAAAACGUGGCUGUGGUUAAUCUCCACAUUCCCCUACAGCUGAUUUCUCCUGGCAGGGCUAUCAGUGACUUUUUUUUUUAUUUUUGGGGGGUGUUUUCUGGGUGUGAAAGGAGCUGUGGCUUUAAGCUGUGUUGAGGAAGGCACGGAGGGCUGAUCAUGCAAUAAAGGGCUCCCUGGAGGGCUGGGGGUCAGGGUGCUGCCUCCAAGGUGUUGAUCCUCCCCCACAUACCCGCUGUGUUCAUUAUUUUUGUAAAACCAAGGAGGGCAGCAGGAGUUUGCUUCUUCCUUAUGACUUUGGAAGGAAACAAAGUUUGAGUACGGGGCAUCCCCUUCUAUUUAUCCUCCUCUCCCUCCCCCCACCCACAGACUGACGACAGAGACAAUCAUUUUGUAGGGAGCACGGGAGGAAGCACUGCAGGAUUUUGUAUGCUGGCGUUUUGUUUAUAAAAAACCCGAUUUUAUGGACGUGUCUGUCAGAUGUUCUCUAGAUUUUUUUCAGGCGCACUAAUAAAGAGCAUCCUUGGCUUCGUAAAGGCA